AUGUGUAUUGCAGGCAUUGACAGUCACUAUAAUGAAGGAAUGUAUGAGCUUCUAAAUUAUCUUUUGUUUGGGUUCUUUGACACUCGAAAAGAUGAAUUAGAGAGGUUGGGAUUUGCUGAUGAAAUUAUUGAGGAUCAUGUGGAAGUUUACUGUAACCCAAUCAACUACAACUGCUUUCUUCCAUAUAUUAGUCACUGGCCUGGCGUGAAGUUUCACUGUCUUACUGAAAGCGAGUAUGAAGGUGGAGGGGAUGCAGCUGAAGAAUUCAAGAUACAUUCAUUUAUUGCCAUGGUUCACAACUGUAAGAUUGUGGGAUUUCCUUACAGUGGCAGAGGACACAGAAUAGAAUUUGAUGUAAUGGGACUUGAGAAAUGGCCAAUCAUUCAAGCAUUUGCUUUGGAUGAUUUUAAUGGUGGUGGUUUCUUUACUUUGGCACAUCAGGCUGUUGAUGUUUCUGAAGAGGUUCAUCUUCUUGUUGACUGCAUGGAUCCUGUUUCAGUAGAGAUGCUUUUAACUGAGCAUUAUCCACUUAUGGUGCGGCACUGGGAUAACAUGAUGAAGUGUGUGCAGAUGAUACUAGAAUCUUCAUCACCUGUCAUAGAUCACAAAAAAGUAUCUGAGCCGCUGAUGAGCUAUUUUAACCAUGGACUGGUUGGACAUAAAAGAAGCAUGGGAAUGGUGCCUUUUGUUGUAUUUGGACCAGACAGUGAGAAAGCAAAGCUACAAACAGUUUUUCAGGGAAAGAAUGUUGAGUUGUCAGACUUGGCCUUGAACUCUGAACAUGCAAGUCAAGUGAUAUGUCAAGUUGUCUCCCCUCACCACCCACUUGUGUGCACUAGAACAUACUUUUUCUGUGGCCAUCCAUAUUCA